UCACCGAUUAAGGCACCAAAGAAACCCAUAGCCUCCAAGGGAGCCGACAAGAAACCGAAGAAACCGUCGACUCACCCUCCUGUGAGCGACAUGGUUUUAGCCGCUAUCAACGCCCUGAAGGAACGUAACGGAUCCUCACUGCAGGCCAUCAAGAAGUACAUCGCCGCCAACUACCUUUGCGACGUUGCAAAGUUGGCUCCGUUCGUCAAGAAGGCUCUGAAAUCCGGUGUCGAGAAAGGAAAGCUGCUGCAGACCAAGGGAACUGGAGCUUCGGGUUCAUUCAAGGUUAAGGCCGACGCUAGGAAACCAGCUGGCGAAAAGAAGGUCAAAAAACCAAAGAAGGAGAUCAAGGCUAGGAAACCAGCUGACAAGGGAAAGGUUGCCAAGAAAUCAAAAGCCACUGCUGCUAAGAAAGCUGAUGAAAAGAAGGCUCCGACCAAAUCUGCCAAGAAGGCUACCGGAGUAAAGAAAGCUGCUGCUUCCAAGCAGAAAGCAACUAAACCAUCAAAGACCGCAGCUAAGAAACCGAAGACCCCUAAGCCGAAGAAAGCUGCUCCAGUCAAGAAAGCCGCCCCGAAAAAAGUCGCUGCUAAAAAGUAA